AUGGAUUCUUGGAGGAGUUCCGUGGCUGGCGGAGGGGCCUCGCAGUACUCCCAGCAGGGUUAUUCCUUGCAACAACUGACACCACAGCAGCAACAGCAGGUGGCAUCCACUACGCCUGCGGCAGCAGGAGGGACCGGCCAGUACUACACGUACCAGUCGCUUGCUGCUUAUGGCACCCAGGGGCAGCAGCAGCAGCAAGCGCAGCAGGCGGGACAGCAGCAGCAGGUUUCUUACACCCAGGGUGCUUCGGCUGCGUCGGCCAACCCCUAUUCCUCUCUCUCCUCGUUCGCCACCACCGUUGACGGAACGUCCAAGUAUUCCGCCGGCGCGCAGGCAGUCGCUGCAGCCUACGGCCUCGAUAUUUCCAGCGGUGCGGGAACCGCCGGCGGUUCUUCCGCGUACGGUGGGUAUGGCGUGGGGACGACUGCUGCUACUCCUGCCGCUGCUGGAGGGACGUUCAGCUUCGACCCCAAGACGGGAGCCUACUACCAGGACGCGUCAUCAACGUACCAGCAGCAGCAGGGCGCGGGGGGAGCGUCGGCCAUCGGACUGGCAGCAGCAGCAGCGUCCAUGCAGCAGGCCAUGGCGACGCAGCAGCAGGCAGCUGCAGCUCAGCAGCGCGUCUACACGGCGACGGACAGCUACGGGCAGCAGCUGCUGGUCACGGCGCCCGCGGCCGCGUCAGUGGGAGGAGGGCAGCGGCAGAUCGUAUACACCACAGGCGUGCAGUACGACGCCGCUGCUGCCGCCGGCGGUGCCACGCCCGUUAUGCUAACUGCCGCGGGUCCCGGGUACGCUGCCAUGGGGGGAGGCGUGUCGGGCAUGGGUGCGGGGAGCGUUCCGUUCCAGCAGCAGAUGGCCGUGGCGAUGCAGCAGCAGAUGCAGCAGCAGCAGCAACAGCAGCAGCAGCAGCAGCACGUGCCGGCGCAGGGGUUUUCACAGCCGCAUCCCACGCCUCAGGGCUUCCACGCAAGGCAUGGCCGGGUGCUCGAGAUGAAAGGGGGAGAGGCGGAGAGGGGGAUUGGCGGAAAGGUGCGGAGAGGGAGCGAGGGGCUUUUGGGAGGGACAGGGCGGCUGUCCCCGCCCCGUGACUACUACCGCCCCUACUCGUGCAAGAUUGAGCCGUUCCCAUUCGCGGAGGUGGAGAGGGGGUACCUGAGCAUCUGCAAGCGCUACCCGCGCCUCUACGUGCCAGCUGACUUCUGCAAGGCACGAGCAGUGUGGCCUACUCACUCCACGCCACUGCCACUCUUCACUCCUGUCAGCUUCGAGCACGACUCAGUAGAGGUAGAAUCUGACGACUCUGCAACCACCGCUGCGGCAUCAACGUCUCCUGCUGGAGCAACCGUCGGCACUGCGUCUAUUCCGAGCAAGGGAGACUCUGCAGUGAAGGCAGAGCCAGAGGAGGGAGCACAGGUCACAGAAGUGAAGGGUGAGGUUCAGGGCAUGGCAGAGGACGGCAGUGGCACUCCUGCAGGGCAGUCGGCUGGUGCUGCAACAGCGACGGCUGGGGAGUCGCCUCCAGAGGACACGUCUAUGGCUACGGCGAAUGAGAGCUGUGGCUUUGCCACGUCGCCUGCCCACUCUGCUGCUGCUCCCUUUGGGCUUAAGCUGCCCAUGCUGUGGACUGUCAAGGUGCUGCUGAUGAGCGGCCUGGACGCGCCAGCCCUGGCCCAGAUCACGUCAGACAAGCCCCCUUCGCCCCACGAGCGCCCCCCGCACACCAACCACGCGCUGCGAUUCGUCUGCAUGCGCCGCGACCGCGAUCCCAUCUCAGCCAUUGGCGGGCGCUGGGAGGCGGAAACGGACAGUGGAGAUCCGAGCAAGGAGGACUCUGGGCUCGUGCGAGCUGCGAUCAGGUUUGUGAAGGCAACAGUGCGUGUGGAUCUGAGCGCAUGCAAGGACUGGGCGCGGCUUGUCGACGUGGUUUACAUGCGAUCUGAUAGCCACGGCAAGCCGACCAACCUUGAGACUGUGGUCUACCUCUUGCCGAACCUGUCGGAGUGCCUUCCGAGCCUGGAGGAUUGGAAGAAGUCUGUGAAAGAGCUAGAGGGGAAGAGGAAGGCGAUUGAAGAGAAGGAGCGGAAGGAGAAGGAGAGGAGGGACAAGGAACGGAAGGAGCGUGAGAAGGAGAAGGAGAAGGAGAAGGAGAAGGAAAAGGAGAAAGAAAAGGAGAAGGAAAAGGAGAAGGAAAAGGAGGAAACUGGGAAGGAGAAGGAGAACGAUGAGAAGGAGAAGGAGACCAGUGAUAAGGGCAAGCAGGAGAAGGAGGAGGAGAAGGAAAAGGAGAAGGAGAAGGAGAAGGAGGAGGAGAAGGCUAAGGAAGAAGGCUCUGCAGCGGCAGUCAAGGGAGCAGCAACGGAUGCGACAAAGGAGGGCAAAGAGGGCAAGGAUGGAGCAGAGGGCUCAGGUGAUGGAGAGAAGGCAGAGGGCAGUGAGGCGAAGGAGGGAGCAGGGAAGGAAGGCGAGGAGAAGGACAAGGAAAAAGAGGAGAAGGAGAAGAAAGAGAAAGAGGAGAAGGAAAAGAAGGAGAAAGAGGAGAAGGAGAAGAAAGAGAAGGAGGAGAAGGAAAAGGCAAAGGCGAAGGAGAUCACGAAUCCUGGUUUCGUCCUGGUUUCCUCACGCACUAAGACCGUCAAGGUGAAGACGCUCACCAUCUCUCUGGAUGGGCUGCUGGACUAUGAUGAGGAGGACAGGGACGAGUCUUCCUUCGAGCUGGGAGUGGUGGCAGAAAGCAUCAGCGAGUACAUACAGGAGCGAGCGGGCCGAACCAUCUUCACGCACCUGCAGUUCCUGUAUCCCUUGUCGCUUGCUAAGCGGGCCAAGGAGAAGGAGCGGGAGAGGGAGCGGGAGAAGGAGAGGGAGAGGGAGAGCCGCAAGCGCAGGCUGGAGGCUGAAGCUGCCAAGGAGAAGGCAAAGGAGAGUGGCGAGGGAGAGGGGAAAGGGGAGAAGGCGAGUGGAGAUGAGGCAGCAGCUAAACGGGCGAAGGUGGAAGGCGCGGAGGGGGAUGUUGAGAUGGAGGUUGAGGAGGAGAAGAAAGAGGGAGAGGAGGGUGGUGUGGUGAAGAAGGAAGAGAAGAUGGAGGAGGAUGAGGAGAAGAAAGCUGGAGAUGGGGCGGACAAGAAGGCCAGUGCUGAGCAGACGGUGAAGAAAGAGGAGCAGGUGGAGAAGGAAGGGAAGGAUGAGGCGAUGGAGGAGAGUGGUGCAGCGGAGGAAGAGGGGAAGAAGGCGGGUGGUGGAACGGUAGUGAUUGGGCCGGCAGAGAAGGGGGCAGGAGUUACAGAGGAGAAGAAAGAGAAGGAAGGCGAGGAGGGGAUUGGGAAGGAUGAGAAGAAGGGAAAGGAAGAGGCAAAGGAGUCGAAGGAUGAGAAAAAGGAAGAGGCGAAGGAGGCGAAGGAAGAGGACUCGUGGCCCAAGUCUUCAGUGACCUCGUCUGACCUCGUCCUUGCCUUCCGCCAGUUUGACCGCAACCACACCGAUUACCUCAAGUCGGAGGAUCUGCGCCGUCUGCUGCACUGCCUGGGGAUCAAUCUCAGCCACAAGAUGGUCAAGGAGCUGGCGCUGGUGGGAGCGGCGGAGAGUGGGAAGCACAGGGACGAGCGCGUAUACUACCGCGUUCUUGCCAACUACUGCUGCUGA